UUUGAGUGUGCGUCCCUCGAGGAGGCGAAGAGAGCAGCCAGCGCAAGCGAGGAUGGAGCAGCCAGAGCUGAGGAAGGGGAGGCUCACCCUUGUGUUGGCCAUUGCCACCCUGAUAUCAGCCUUUGGCUCCUCCUUCCAGUAUGGGUACAACGUGGCUGCCGUGAACUCACCAUCAGAGAUCAUGAAGCAGUUUUACAACGACACCUACAAUGAGAAGACAGGGGAGCUCAUCGACGAAUUCCCCUUGACUCUCCUCUGGUCGCUCACCGUGUCCAUGUUCCCCUUCGGUGGCUUCAUCGGGGCCAUCUUGGCUGGUCCUCUGGUGAAUCAAUUCGGCAGAAAAGGCGGGUUAUUACUCAACAACAUCUUCUCAGUGGUGCCCGCAAUAUUGAUGGGCUGCAGUAAAGUUGCCAGGCUGUACGAGCUCAUCAUCUUCUCCAGACUCCUGGUGGGAAUCUGUGCAGGUGUCUCUUCCAACGUGGUCCCUAUGUACUUAGGGGAGCUGGCCCCCAAAAACCUGAGGGGGGCCCUUGGAGUGGUGCCCCAGCUCUUCAUCACUGUCGGCAUCCUUGUGGCUCAGCUGGUCGGCCUUCGGAAUGUUCUAGCAAAUGAGACGGGCUGGCCCUUCCUCCUGGCGCUGACCGGGAUCCCCGCGGUGCUGCAGCUCCUGAUCCUGCCCUUCUUCCCCGAGAGCCCCCGCUACCUGCUCAUCCAGAAGAGGGACCCCGAGGCCGCCAGGAAGGCCCUGCAGAGGCUGCGUGGCUGGGACGACGUGGACGCGGAGAUGAAGGAGAUCGCGCGCGAGGACGAGGCGGAGCGGGCCGAGGGCUCCGUGUCCCCGUGGAAGCUGUUCCGCCUGCGCCACUGGCGCUGGCAGCUCAUCUCCGUCAUCGUCCUCAUGGGCGGCCAGCAGCUGUCCGGAGUGAACGCGAUCUACUACUACGCAGACCAGAUCUACCUGAGCGCCGGCGUGGCCAGCAGCGACGUGCAGUACGUGACGGCCGGCACGGGCGCCGUCAACGUGGUCAUGACCAUCGUCACUGUGUUUGUGGUGGAGCUCUGGGGACGGCGGCGGCUGCUCCUGCUGGGCUUCUCCACCUGUUUCUCGGCCUGUGUGGUGCUGACGAUCGCGCUGGUGCUGCAGGACCAGGUCUCCUGGAUGCCAUACAUCAGCAUCACCUGCGUCAUCGCCUACGUCAUUGGACACGCCCUCGGGCCCAGUCCCAUCCCUGCGCUGUUCAUCACUGAGAUCUUCCUGCAGUCCUCUCGGCCAGCGGCCUUCAUGGUGGGCGGCAGUAUCCACUGGCUCUCCAACUUCACUGUGGGCCUCAUCUUUCCAUUCAUUCAAAUGGGACUCGGCCCCUACAGCUUCAUCAUCUUUGCCGUCAUUUGUCUCCUCACCACCAUCUACAUCUCCAUGGUUGUCCCCGAGACCAAGGCCCAGACAUUCAUUGAGAUCAACAAGAUCUUUGCCAAGAUGAACAAAGUGUUGGAAGUCCACCCAGAGAAGCAGCCGCCGGACCUGCAAUUAGCCAACUCCCGUAGGAGUGAGGCCUGGGGUUCUAGGUAUCUGGACCUGAGGCAUGAGACUAGAUUGGCAAGAAUGUAGGCCGGGCCUCCUCACCAGCCUCCAGCCUCCAGCCUUCCCUGAGUCACGAGGACAGUGCCCCCCAUCCCUGCUGAGUUCGUCCCUGCAGGACUCCUGGUGGUAACACUGCUUUGCCAACAAAAACAAUGUGUGCAGGGCCAGCUGGGAGGCCCGUGAUCACCCGCGGAUCUUAUGCUUUGGGGGCCACCAGUGUUUGUGCAGAGCUGAAUUCGACCUUUGACACCUGACGUGCAAAGCCUGGUGUUUGGCCUAACCAAAUCCCAGACGCCGGAGGACCCCUGGCAGAGUUAACCGAGUCUCAGUUGCGGUGUUUGUGGGAAAUGGAACUGCUGUGUGUGUGUGCUGUCAAUAAAACACAUCUGUUUGCCUUUCA